AUGGAAGUCAUAAAAGAUGAGAUUAAAAAAAAAAAACUUAAAAAGAAAUUAGGAAGACGUUAUAGUCAUAAUGAUAAUAUAGAGCAACUGAAAAAUCUUAAAAAGAUUCUAUUAAACUUAAAUGUUCUUAUAGAUGUGUCCAAAAUUAUUAUUCAAAAGAAUGAAAAUUUUGACAUCGAGUUAUUACAUAAUGUAAAUGAUAGAUUUGUUGAAAAAAUAUAUUUUUUAUUAACGGAUAAAAAAAUGAACACUAUACCUGAAGAAGAAUUAAUUGAAUUUAUAUUUUUAUUAUUAAAAGAAAGAAAUGAAUAUAAUAAUUUAGAAAAAAAGAAAAAUGUAUAUAAUAAUGUCCAAAAGAAUAUAACGAAUUGUCCUAUAAAAAAUGAAGUAACUACACUUAUUCAAAAAAUUAAUAAAUUCUAUUAUUAUUUCAAAGAAUUUUUAUUAAAAGAAAAAUAUUAUAUAAAGGAGCAGAAAAAUAGAAAUGAUCAUGACAAUAAAGAUUAUUCUAAUAAUAAUAAUAAUGAUGAUGAUAAUAAUAAUGAUAAUGAUAAUAAUAAUGAUAAUGAUAAUAAUAAUGAUGAUGAAUCCUUAUUUUGUAAUAAGCAAAUUAUAAAAAAUAAUAAACAUACAAAUAAUUUGGUAGGAAAAGAAAAAAAAAAUACAAAAGAUGAAGUAGUUACUACAAUACAUAAUAUUCUGUCUUGUAAAGAUUUAUUAUCUAAUCCUUUUAAUAAUUAUAAUAAUACUUUAAUAAAAAAUGAUUUUAAUAAUAAAAAUUUAUUAUAUCAGGAUGUUCUUAUGGAUAUUAUAAGCAGUGACAGUGAAAAAAGUAUUACAUCUGAAAGGAAUAUUAUAUGUGAAAAGAAUAUUAUGUUUGAAAAAAAUAUUACAUGUCAUGAAAAAUGUACAUCUGACCAUUUUACAUGUGACAAAAAUAUUAAAAUGUCGUCAAGGAAUGAUUGUCAAAAAACCAUUUGUGAAGACACGAUCAGUGUUUCUUCAAAUGAUAUAGAAACUUUAAUACCUUCAAAUCAUGAAUAUAUCAUGACAAAUAAAUAUAAAUAUGUUCAGGAUAAAAUAUUAUUAUCUGAAGAAGAAAGUAAGAAAUAUUUAAAAGAACAUAAUGAUAUGGCAAAUGAUAUAAAAAAUAAUGAUAUAGAAUAUAAUACAAACAAUGACAGUAUCAAUAAUUAUUUAUAUAAUAAAUAUUAUAUUAAUGAAGACCACAAAAUAAAUGAUAACAACAAUAAUCUUAAUCAUAAUGAAAAUAAAAACAUAAAAAAUGUUGUUAUUGGAAAUACACAUAUGAUAAAUGGAGAUGAUACAAAUGAAGAUAUAUUAUUGAAUAAUAACAAAAUUAUUACAAAUGAAAAUUUAUAUUUUUUAAGAACAAAUGAUAAUGAAAUAUUUAAAAAAAAAGAUUUAAAUAAUUAUCUAGGAGAAGCAUAUAAUGAUUGUAUUAUAAAUGAAGAGGCAUACAAAAAUAUGAAACAUGAAAAUUGUGAUGAAAAAAAAAAAAAAAAAAAAACUUUUCAAAAUGCAAAUGGUAAUUUUAAAGAGCAACAUUUAUUAUUCUGUAAUAAUUUGCAAGAACAAAUGAAAUAUAGAUCUGAUAAAAAGUUAAAAUAUAAUGAAAAAUUAUAUAAUAAUAAUAAUACAAAUGAAGACAAAAAUAUUGUAAAAACAACAAAUGAACAACAUGUACAUAAUAAUCUUAUACAUGAUUUAAAUAAUAUACACCUUUCUUUAAAUACUAAUACUCUUUCAAAUAGUUUACCUCAAAAUAAUUAUUACCAAAUGAAUAAUUCUGAAAAGAAAGAAAAUAAACCAUAUCCAAAUAAUCAUAACAAUCAUAUUAAAUGUAAUAUAAAUAAUAUUCAUAUGAAAGAUUACAAUAAUACUGAAUUUAAUUUAUAUAAAAAAAAUUGUUCUAAUAAUAAUAAUAAUAAUAAUAAUGUUAAAAAAAAAUAUAUAGCUAAUUUAAAUAUAAUUCAUGAGAAUAACCUGAACAAGUCAGGUAAAAAUAUGGAUGAUUAUAUAGCUAGCCAAGAAGAGAAAAUUUUAUUUGAAAAUGAGAAUAAUGGUUCAGAAGAAUUAUAUAUAGAUGGUUGUACAGAAUUAUUGGAAGAAAAUAUAAUAAAUAACAAUUCAAAUAAUAAGAAAAAGAAGAAUGAGUAUGAUGAAAGCAUAAUAAAUACAUGUGUUGAUAAGGAAAAAAAAAUAAGUUAUGAUAAUAUGAAUGAAGAAAAAGAGGAUGAAAAUAAUAUGGAAUUUUUUUUAAAAAGCGAAGAGGAAAGUUUAAAAGAUUUUACUAUGAAAAUAUAUAAUAUGAAUAAAAAUUAUGAAAAAGAAGAAGAUAAGCCAAUUGAGGAUUCUAACCUUUUGGGUGUCGAUCCAUUUUAUGAGGAUGAAAAUAAUGAUGAUGAUAUAAAACAUUUCGAUGAAGAUAUAAAACAUUUCGAUGAAGAUAUAAAACAUUUUGAGGAAGAUUUAACAUAUGAUCAAAUAAAAAUAAAUAAUGAUAAUUAUGAAGACAUACAAAAUAUAGACAUGGAAGAUUAUGAUAAUGCAAGUGUAAGAAACAAAAAUGAAGAUAGUAUCCAUAUUUAUGAUGAUGAAGAAAUAUAUAAGGAAAAGGAAGAACUUAAUGGAAAAGAUAUAUUUUUAAACAAAAGAGAAAAUGAUGCAAUAAACACUUUAGAUAUAAAUUAUGAGAUGAUACAAGGUGAUAAGGAUGAUAUGAAUGAUAAUUAUAACUUGUAUGAUAAAAAUAAAAAGGAAAAUCGAAAAAAUAUUCUUUGUGAGUUUAAAAAGAAAAAUAAUACAAAAGGUAUUGUUAACAAAAUUAAUAGGGACAUAUUACAAAAAAUUGAUAAAAAGGAUAAUAAUAAUGAUAAUUAUAUAAAAAAUAAUAGAUAUUUAAAUAACGCAAAUCCAAAUAAAUUUAAUGAUAAUACAACAAAUUAUAAGCAGAAAGAAAACAGCUUUAAUCAAAGUGAUUUUUUACUUUUAAAAAAAAAAGAGCAGGGAAAUAGUCGACUGAAGAAGUGGCUAUGUAAAAUUAAUGCUAGAGAAAAAGAAAAAGAAAAAAAAAUUCAGAAGAAAAAAAAUGAAUCAUAUGAGAAGGAAUUACAAAAUUGUACAUUUCAUCCUACAUUAAAUAAUAACAGGAUAAAGAGGGAAGGUAUCAUGAAAGGUAUGAAUGAUAAUUAUAAUUGUGAUAAUAAAUAUGUGGGUGAUCAUAAUUAUUGUGAUAAUAAAUAUGUGGGUGAUAAUUAUAAUUGUGAUAAUAAAUAUGUGGGGGAUAAUUAUAAUUGUGAUAAUAAAUAUGUGGGUGAUAAUUAUAAUUGUGAUAAUAAUAAAGAUUAUUAUAAUUGUGAACAAGAAAAAAUAUAUCAUUUCAAUAAUAAUUCAGAUUACAAGAAUAUACAAAAAGAUAGCAUUCAUAAUUUUAAUAUAGAUGAGAACCGAAACGAUAAUAUAAAUAUGAAAAAAAAAUUAAAUCGCAACAAAAUACUUUAUUUGAAAGGUAUGAAAAGCAAAGAAUUAUUAUUGCAGAAAAAAAUAGAUUAUGAAAAAGAAGAAGAAAAGAAAUUUAAAAAAGAAUGUAUAUUUCAUCCUUCUAUAAAAGAUAAUGUAAAAAUAUUCCUUUCUGAUUUACCAAAUGGAUAUAACAAAACAGUGGAUAGAAUAAAAAGAGGUGUAGAAGAAAAAAAAAGAGUAAAUGAUUUUUUACAAUAUAGAAUCCCAUAUAUUAAUAACAAUACAAAUAUUAAAAACGAAAAACAAAAUGAAGGAAAAAAAUAUAAUAAUAAUAAUAAUAAUAAAAAUAAUAAUAUAAUUCAACCAUUUAGUUUUGAUAAAGGAGAAUAUAAAGUAAAAAUCAAACCAGUUUUUUUUGAAAGAAAAAUAAAAAUCUCAGAAAAUAAAAUAGCUUGUCUAGCUGUUCGUGAGGAUGAAGAUCCUUUAUAUAUUGUUGAUAUUUUUUGUAAAAUACAUGCACUUAAAAAUGAAAAUAAACAAAUAUUAUAUGACUACAUCCUUGACGAAUUGAAGCAAGAAUCCUUCGAAAGGUAA